AUGGACCUUGAUUUACCUCCACUUCCUCCAAGACCUACUGAUCCAGCAGAAAUUCGCAAAAUUGUUCGAAGCAAGAUGAUUCGAUGUAAAGUCUGCAACAAUCGCUUUGGACAAAGGAAUUUAUUGGAGCGGCACUUGCGUGACAAACACCAUGUAGAAUACCUCGAAUACCUUUAUCAAGAGGAACUUGAGGUUCAGAGAGAAGAAGAACUGGAAAGAAAUCGUAUUGACGAAUUGACGUCUGGUGGAUUCAUACCACCUCAAUGGGAAAUUGAAUCCCAAAGUUUCGAAGUCGACGUCCAAAAAAUUCCUCUUCCUGGUGAAUUAUCAAAUGGAAUUGUGGCGAGAUUCGAUGCAAAUGGUUAUCUUCGUCAACCUAAGCGUGUAUUCCGCAAGAAGGUUUCCCCUCAGUGCCCAUUCUGUGAUAAGCGAUUCAGAAAUGAGGUUUCGCUGAAGAAACACUUCGUCAAGAAGCACCCGGAUUGUGUCGAGUUUGUUCAAUGUUUGGACUGUUUCAAGUGCUUACCGGAUAAGAGUCAUCUGUCACAACAUGAAUGCGAUAUGACUUGGUUGUGUUACGAGUGUUCUCCGAUUCAAAAUAUGUGUACGGAACAACGAUUCAAUAACCACCGUGGAAAGUUCCAUCGUGGUGCCAACUCAGGGUUUCGCUGUAACGAAUGCAACCAAAAGUUUCUGACUCCGCGGAAGCUAAGGAAACAUAGGAAGAUGUCCCAUGUUUUCGUGAAGACAUAUGCUUGUCAUUUCUGUGAAGAGCUUUUCACCAGUGAAGUUUCGGUUAUGACACACGAGCGAAUUCAUACUGGAAUUAUCAAGUUCGAAUGUAAAAUCUGUGACUUCAGGUGUAAUAGAUAUAUCCAAAUGGAAAACCAUAAAAAGGAUCAUGGGUAUCUCUGUUCCAUUUGUCAAGAAAGUUUCGGUGAAUGGGCAGAGAUUAAGAACCAUACUCUGUCAAAGCAUGGAGGAUAUCUUACCAGCGAUACGUAUACUGGUUACGUUGAAUCUCCACGAGUGUGGGCGCUGUUUAAAGGAGAUUGA